AUGUCGUUCACACAUCCCCGAAGAACUACAAAGACCACAUCUACUGCUGUGACUCUUCUUGCGAAUACGUCAAGCCGGCCAACAGUUAAUACAACUAUGGCUUCCCUUCGCAAAGGUGCCACUUUCCACUCACCUUCUUCUCCUACAAACGAAGUCGACGGUGCAUUCAAUCUCUCAGCCCUCGAACGUUCAUUGUCCAAUCUUGAAGAUUUCGCCGUCGAAUCACACAAGCGUCGUGCUGCCGAUGUCAUAGAAUCUUUCGAGCUCACUGCCGCCGGCAAUCAAUCAACGUCUACUUCACGUCGUCGCUUCCGUGACGAGUCUGAUCCUGUUCCUCGUGGUGUCGUCAACGUUGAGAACCCCUCCACCAAAUCAUACAAUACCGAAUUGAUGGACGGAGUUAUGCCAUCAGAACAAUCUUCUGUUAGACGAUCAACGCGUCCCCGUCGCACCACGCCUCGAUAUGCAGACAGUGGUCUUGGAUCGUCCAUCGGGUCAUCAUCAGACAAGAAAGUAAUCAUCGAUGACAAUGUCUCCAAAUCUACCAAGCCAUCCACUAUAACUAGAUCGGCGGCUGCUCCAUCUACAACCAUUAAGAGCCUUCCUAGACUUAGUGCUCGUACUACCGCUCGCAUUCAAGAGCAUAUCUUGAAGCCACUCCUAGCAAAGGAGUCUUUCAAAGACUUGCAUCCUCUCCUCCAAGACUGUCCAAGACGAAUUCAUCAGAAGGAAAUCGUAUCUCUCCGCGACCUGGAGAAGACAUUAAUUUUUACCGCACCUGUAAGUGAAAUCCAUAUUGAUGUUGCUUGGGAGUUUGCUCACUGGUUCUCGCAAUUGAAGAAGUACACAAAGAGCGCCUCCUUGUACCUCGACUUUUGUCUGGAAUCGAUCCACUGCAUCCAAGCUACUGUCGAACUUGUUAAUGAACGCGAACAAACGCGACCAAACGACCGCCCAUAUACUAACGGAUAUUUUGUCGAUCUCGUCGAACAGAUUAAGCAGUACGCUGAACAGGUCCGGGAAGCUAAGGAGAAGGAAGAGAAAGGAGAAACCAUUAGCGAGAUGGAUGCUCACCCAUCAGAUGAGGUCAAGCUUCACGGUGGUCUGACCAGUAACGGCCGACCUGCUGAAAUUGUCCGCAUCAACAAGAAAACUGGCAAGGCCAUUUCCAUGGCCACGGGCCAACCAGUUGACAUGGAUGAUGAUGACAACAAAUCUAUGAGAUUCAAGCGCUCUUUGAGCGAAGAAGCUGAAGACGAAGAGUCAGUGAUGAGAUCUAUGGCACGUCGUAAGAAGGAUGCUUCUGCUGCUGAGCUCGCCCCUAAAUUUUGUCGCGAGAAAGGAUGUGACAAGUCAUUCAAGCGUCCAUGUGACUUGACCAAACAUGAGAAAACCCAUUCCCGCCCCUGGAAAUGCCCCGUUACUUCAUGCAAAUACCACGAAUAUGGUUGGCCAACCGAGAAAGAGAUGGACCGUCAUCAAAAUGACAAACAUUCAGCCGCUCCUCCACUAUUCGAGUGUCACUUUAAGCCUUGUCCAUACCGAUCAAAACGUGAGUCGAAUUGCAAGCAACACAUGGAGAAAGCCCACGGCUGGGAGUACAUUAGAUCGAAGAACAACGGAAAGAACAGACCUGCGGCACCUGCUGUCAUUCCAAAUGGUCUCCCUACUCCUCAGAAUACCAUCAUUCAUACUCCAGGCAGCGAUUCUAACCUUGAAUCUCCACUCAUUGCUAAUGAUGAGAUGCUCUAUGAGAAUACUUCAUUAUACACCACCAACCAUAGCAUGGACUUCUUUGGCCCAGCAUACCCUGCUGAAAUGAACUUGUUUCAACCCCCACAAUCAUUGAACAUGGAAUAUUCUCCUAUCACGGAUAACUCCUUCUCUCCUGAUGGACAAUCGCCAUUUGAUGCGAAUUCUCCUUUCAACUCUACAUCUGUUCUUGGUGCUCAAGAUCAAUUUCAAGAGACUAUGCAAGCCUACCCACCAACCGAUGAAUGGGCAGCUUAUGAACAAACUGAUCUUUACAGCGCUCCAGCCCAAAUUCAGAUUCCAUCCAACCAUCAAAUCUACCAAGAUAUCAUGGGUCAAAACUCCAUGGCAUUCGAGACAUCGGGUGUCACAUAUCAAACUCAGCAUCAACAACACCAACCUCAACAACACCCACAAUCCAUGGCACACAUCUCACCUAUCGGUGAAGGUAAUACCAUGCUUUACACACCAAAAUCCAUGCAAGACUUUGAUGAGGGAUUUGAAGACUUUGUUCCAAAUAACACUCGCAUGACCACCAAUGGCGUUCAAGAUUUCCAACUCUUUUCUGCACCUCAACAAAGACAAAAUAGCAACCCAGCUCCACUCUUUGGUGAAAUCAUCUCCCAAGCACCACUUGGAUUUCCUGGAAUUCAUCCCGAGGAUUUGAUUGCAUUCUAUGCCCAAACCGCUGCUAAUUCCGCUGCUGGCACUGGCAACCACUUACCACAAAACCACUACCAAAAUCAUCAACAACCUCAACAACAUCAACAGCAAUUGCAUCAAAACAUGAACAUGACAAUGGAUUGGUCUUCUGAUGAUUAUGGCUACAACAGUCAUUAA